AUGCAUCUCCCAGCGUUGGUGGUCGUGGUUGCUUCCGCCACUUCAGACUUCAGUUCUACGUCCAGGGUCCCUCCUUCCUUCCAGUCACGAUUCAGUGGCAUGGAGACGGGGAACACGUUCUCCAGCGCCAACCUUCGCGUUAGGGAUAAAAUUGUGGAAGAGAAGCAUCAGAAAGAGCUUGCUGACAUAGAGCGCAAGUUGACGCGAUGCAAGGCCACGAACGACGACCUCUUGAAGCAGCUUUUCGAUGCUAGACACCGUGGCGAACAUCUAGCUUCGCUACUUGGGUUUCCUAGUCUCAUGGAAGCUCAAGUCUAUAUCGAGAAUGCCGACGAGGAUAUGACAUACAAGGAACGCAGUGAUCGUAUGACCGACCUUCAACGUCAAUUGAAAGCAGCGCAGGCCGCUGUGGACGAGUCAGCAAAUGUCAGGGAAGAAGUUGAAUCUCUCAAGCGCAGCCUAGCAGAGUCGCGCGCGGAGGUAGAGUCGCUCAAGUCUGGCGGUGAGCUUGCGAUUCUUCAAAAGCGUUAUGAUAGGGUAGUAGACUCUAUGGAUCGCGCUAGCAAACGAUAUGCGAGAGACUACCGAGCAAUGGAUAGAGUGCGCAAAUAUCUAGCUUGUACGGACGCUAUGAUGGAUAGCACAGAUCCACACCGCGCGGAGUUACAGCAAAAACGUCUCAAAGGCUUCUCUAAGAAUGAACUACAGAAGCUGAUUGAUAUGCUGGCCAACGGCACUAAUCCAGCUGCCUUAGAUAAGCACCUCGGUAUAGUGCAUGCUAUUCCACAUCGACAAACACCCCAAAUAGAACCUACAUCGUCUCUUCGUUCCUCGCAGACGCGUGUGGCCCAGUCCCAUUCUCCUCAAUCCAAGCUUCCUCCUUCGAGCCCGUCUCCUCACGAUUUACCUGCACAUAGUUCGGACACCGAAAGUGAUUCCCAAGCUUUGGAACCAUUCGCCGCUACGUUAUUCAGGAAGGGUGGGGGCCCAUCUUCAGAUACUGAAGACGAUUCCCAGAUGCCCAGUGCAACUAACCUCAGCCCUGCUCCUGUUCGUGUGGCCACUAAGUUCGAGACGCCUAAUUAUACGUCCAGGCCUUUCAUCCCGAGAACUGUCCCUCACGAAACUCGAACGUCCCCCACGACCAGCCAUCUACAGCGACGACCUAAUGCAGAGGCAGCUCGGCCUAGUAAAGUGCGGCGCACGUACGCCGAAGAUGUCUCCGCGAACAUGAGUUCGACACCAAUUCGAGCUCCUGAUCGCUCCACGAGGGCACCAUUGAAGGAUAAGCCACUAGUCCGCAUAAUGGGAAAUGAGAAACCCACCCCCGACUCCGCCCCGUUGUUCAAGGGAAAAGGAAAGGCCACAGAGGGCGGCGGAGCCACUACUCCGACGCCAUCAGCGCCAGCGAGAAAUGGUAGGCUCACAGACUACUCAGCUUACAAAGGUCGGGGGAGAUAUGCACAGCCAGCUCAAUCUUCGGGGAGCUCCAAGCCCAUCAACACAUUGUUCGCGAUUGAUCCCAAACGCAACGGCGGACUGGACUUCCAGUUCGAGGAAGUAGUAAAGAAUAAAGAGGAUAGAAAGAAGUUGCACGCGGGCGAUUGCGAGUGUUGUCGCGACUACUAUGAAGCUGUUGGGCCUCUUCCUCCUAGGCCUCAGCCACCUUUGUGGCGAUCGCCGGAAUCCACUCCAACCGCUCAACGCCACCGGGCUUCGAGCAGUAACACCUCCCCCGACAGUAGGACUAAGACCAUUGAUCGGCAUAAGCAAGCUAUAUCUCGGCAUCGGCAACAAUGGGUUCGAGGUCGGACGCCGCCGGGCUACUGGAACAUAGGGUUUCCAAGCACCCAAGAGGCUAAUGAUAUCAAUCGCUACGCAGAGGAUAUGCAUAGGAGAAAGCAAGAAGAGAUCGAGAAAGAGGCCCGGAAAGAGAAUGGACGGUAUAAACGGAGGGAUCGAGAUUGGUGA